UGUCUCGCGCCGGCAACACGCGGAAAACAGCUCCACACUUUAACUCACGAUUGCACGAGUUCGCUGUGCAAAAUAGUGCUCAAAACAUCCCCGCGCUAACGGCGACAGCAAGAGUAGCCUGGAGGUCUCUACGGUCAUGUGAUCACAUUGCUUUGCACAAAUGCUGACUUCAUCCUAGAGGAAUACGAACGAGGGGGCUGCAGAAAAUGUACACAGCAGAUAACUUAGCCUCUAAAACUCUAAGCUUCUAAAUGUGGACGGUGCUGUGAUAGCACCUGCACAGAAAGAGGCCCAUCAUCCAGACGCCGCAUUGCAUUGGCAAACAGACGCCUUCUAAAUGACCUGUUCAUAAUACGACGCCCGGAACAUUGUUUUCUGUCUGCCUUUGAAAAUCACUGAAAUCAGGGAACUCACAAUCACGUUAACCAUGGAAAGACGUUUCCUGCGAUGCCAAGUGAUCAUCCUCUUAUUCGUUAUCCAGUAUGAAGUGCUGGUUUCCGCCGAAGCAUGCGACUUGAAGAAAGCCCGGCAGUGCUACGGUAACAUUGUGGACAAUCUACACAACGCACUGGAACAACGUUCAAGCAACGGGAGCGCCUUGAAAGACUUGUGCAAGGCAAACGAUACGGUACAUCCUUGCGAAGAGGACCUUGUUUCCUGCGUCGACUCUGACGCAGCCUUGCUGGCCAGGCAGACUCAGUAUACCAGAACCCUUGAAGAAGCUUGUACAACGACUGGCUUCGGGAACUCUGAAACUGAUGAAGAAGACACUACCAAUGACGAAGAAAAUACUGAGAGUAAAUGUUGGUAUAAACAGCUCAGACGCUGCCUUCAGAGACAGAUAAGCAAAAUACAGGCAAAAAUGAGCAAGAUGAUCGCAAGAAAUGAGACUCUCAAACCUCGGAUAUAUGAUGCUAUAUGCAGGAAGACACGAAAGAGCUGCCACCAGGUGAGCACAGUCGAUGCCUGUCCGCAAGUCCUGCAAGACGCCAUCAGCAAAAUGGAGGACUCGAUGAAUUCCGCGCAAGCACUGCUUUGCAGAGACAACAAAACACUGCUUAGAAACGUGCUUGAGAGUUACAAGUUCUGGAACGUAACUAAAUUCACAAGAUGUGCGACAAACAUCAAAGUGGUACACCUUGCGGACUACCUUUUUGCAACCAAGAGGCUGCUAACCGAAUGCAAAAAACUGAAGACCAAGAUGGUUCACUGCCUCAGAGAGAGCUACUCUUCCAUACCCGAGGCUCAGACUAAGCCGGAUGUGGCUGGAGCCACCAAAGUGCUGGAGGCUUUCCUAGAACGAAUGCAGUGCGUAGGCGCCCGGAGCCUGUCGGGCGCCGUCAACAGCGAUGAAAAUAACAACCCACUAACCGACAACAGCGAAGAUCCGGAAGGCCACCCCGACGCUGGUGGGACUAAAACCAGCGGCUUUGUGAAACUCACCGAAUCUGGGAAAUUGAAAGGCGGAGCUGUUUUCCUUGAUAUCCAAGGGCUGGCUGUGGUCGUGUUGCUCUCGAUCAACAUUAUUUAUGUAUUGCUUUUAUUGUAAUGCGAGUUCUUUGGAACGUUCGAAGUAUGUAUGGAAUAUUCUUUCCAUAUACCGAAGGCACCAUCUAAGGUAGGUUUAUAUUGUGAAGUAGAAUUUGUUUGUUAAAAAAGAUCAAAAUUUACAAGCAACAAAACUCGACUGAGGAUUGUAUUUUUCUAUGAGGUUUUUGCAAGCUUACACUUGUAUCAAAAUAAACCUACAUAUGCCGCGUUUUUUGUGUUUUCUUGCUUUUGCUUUCCGAACUCCUACCAUGCCUUUCGUCUUCGCUAGGCAGCACCUUCGUGUCGGAAUUUUUUAGCUGUGCUACCGCUUGUGCAUGACAACCAGAUUUAAUAACGUUUACGUGUGCUUUGUUAAUAUGGAAUGUAGAAGAAGUACAGAUUGCAAAUAUGAACAAAAAUAAACUUUAAAGAGAGCCUUUGCUUUUGUUGCCACGUUGAAACUAAACGUGUAAAUGACGCUUCCGAUAUACUUGACCUGACAGCAUUCUGCUGCUUUAUUUGGUCAAAAAAAGCUUUCGUGCUCCAAAUGUACUACUUCUUCUGCUGUUUAGGCAUUAAGACAAUAAAGGCUUUGUUUACUUUG